AGGCCGGGAGCCGGCGAGGCACCCACCGAGGCGCCGGCUGUUCGGCGUCGGUGCACUCGCUCCUCCCUUUCCGGGAUGUCGGCGAAGAGAAAAGCGGAGGCCAUGAUCCCGGCCGAGGAGAGCGACCAGCUGCUCAUCCGGCCCCUAGGUGCUGGGCAAGAAGUAGGAAGAUCAUGCAUUAUUCUGGAGUUUAAAGGAAGAAAAAUAAUGCUUGAUUGUGGAAUCCACCCUGGCCUAGAAGGAAUGGAUGCCCUACCUUACAUUGACUUGAUAGAUCCUGCUGAGAUUGAUCUCCUCUUAAUCAGUCAUUUUCAUUUGGAUCACUGUGGCGCUUUACCAUGGUUUCUGCAGAAGACCAGCUUCAAAGGAAGAACAUUUAUGACUCAUGCUACAAAAGCUAUUUACAGGUGGCUUCUUUCAGAUUACGUCAAGGUUAGCAAUAUUUCAGCAGAUGACAUGCUGUACACGGAGACAGAUCUGGAAGAAAGCAUGGACAAAAUUGAAACCAUCAACUUUCAUGAAGUAAAAGAGGUGGCAGGAAUCAAGUUCUGGUGUUACCAUGCGGGCCAUGUCCUGGGAGCAGCCAUGUUUAUGAUUGAAAUAGCUGGUGUGAAGCUUUUAUAUACAGGUGAUUUCUCAAGACAGGAAGACAGACACUUGAUGGCAGCUGAGAUUCCUAAUAUUAAACCUGAUAUUCUUAUCAUUGAAUCCACCUAUGGUACCCAUAUUCAUGAAAAAAGGGAAGAGCGAGAAGCAAGAUUCUGUAACACUGUUCAUGAUAUUGUAAACAGAGGAGGUAGAGGUCUUAUUCCUGUCUUUGCCUUGGGUCGAGCUCAGGAGCUGCUUUUGAUCUUAGAUGAGUACUGGCAGAAUCACCCUGAACUCCAUGACAUCCCAAUAUACUAUGCCUCCUCUUUGGCAAAGAAAUGCAUGGCAGUGUAUCAGACAUAUGUAAAUGCUAUGAAUGACAAGAUCCGCAAGCAAAUCAACAUCAACAAUCCAUUUGUUUUCAAACACAUUAGUAAUCUGAAGAGUAUGGAUCACUUUGAUGACAUUGGCCCCAGUGUUGUUAUGGCUUCCCCAGGUAUGAUGCAGAGUGGCUUAUCCAGAGAAUUGUUUGAGAGCUGGUGUACUGAUAAGAGAAAUGGAGUAAUAAUAGCAGGGUAUUGUGUUGAAGGAACACUUGCCAAGCACAUAAUGUCUGAACCUGAAGAGAUCACAACUAUGUCAGGGCAGAAGCUCCCAUUGAAGAUGUCUGUAGACUACAUUUCUUUCUCUGCUCACACGGAUUACCAACAAACCAGCGAGUUUAUCAGGGCACUGAAACCUCCGCAUGUGAUUUUAGUGCAUGGUGAGCAGAACGAAAUGGCCAGAUUGAAAGCAGCGUUGAUACGAGAAUAUGAGGAUAAUGAUGAAGUUCACAUAGAAGUUCACAAUCCUAGGAAUACUGAGGCUGUGACAUUAAACUUCAGAGGAGAAAAACUUGCCAAGGUGAUGGGGUUUUUAGCAGAUAAAAAGCCAGAGCAAGGACAGCGAGUUUCAGGGAUCCUGGUUAAAAGAAACUUUAACUAUCACAUCCUUUCUCCAUGUGACCUCUCAAAUUACACUGAUUUGGCUAUGAGCACUGUAACACAGACACAAGCCAUUCCAUAUUCUGGUCCUUUCAAUCUGCUUUAUUACCAGCUACAGAAACUGACAGGUGAUGUAGAGGAAAUCGAAAUCCAGCAAAAGCCAGCCUUGAAGGUUUUCAAAAAUAUUACUGUGAUCCAGGAACCUGGCAUGGUGGUACUUGAGUGGGUAGCAAAUCCUGCAAAUGAUAUGUAUGCAGACACUGUAACAACAGUGAUCCUGGAAGUUCAGUCAAAUCCCAAAAUACAGAAAGGUAUUACAUUUAAUUUGUGUGUAUUUAAUUGUAGCAUACUCCUUAGCAUCUGUGCUGUUGAGAAUCUUAGCAGACUUUUUCAUUAUGAUACAUUUAUUUUCAUUAUGAAGCAAAACACUUAUUAAUGAGCAAACAGACUU